AUGUAUUGCCCUAUUCAUAAAUUCGGUUCUCGAUGUCUGCUCACUGACACUAUCUGUCAAAAUUCAACAUGUCAAAAUCAAGAUCAAUGUAUUCCUAAUGAUGAUUAUAUUAUAUCCAAGCUAAAAUUUAGCUGUAUUUGUCCAAAAGGAUUCAUUGGUGAUCAAUAUGAAACAAGUGAUAAUAAACUUAUUCUAUCAUUUGAAAAAAACAUUAUUUUAUCUCAAUCAAUAUUUAUUCAUUUCAUUGAAGUUAUUUACAAUACUACACCAGCAAGAGCAACUACUUUUAAAACAAUACUUGUUAGAAAAAAUUCAAUUAUAAUUCAUUGGUCACAACCAUUUUAUCUUGUUUUUAUUGAAUCAUUCAAUAAAAUUUAUUAUUUAGUUUAUCUUCAAAAAAUUUAUAAUGGAUCAACAACAAUUAAUAAAACAAUAAAUUCAUUUGAUCGUUUUCAAAAUAUAAGUAGAUUAUUUAAUGAAAGUAUUGUUAAAUUAGAUCUUAUUCGUCGUAUUAAAUAUUAUCAUUUACCAUGUGAAAUAUAUUCUCCAAAUUUAAAAUGUUUUUAUGAUGAUAUUCAUCUUUGUUUAUGUUAUGAUUUUAAUCAAAAACGUUUAUCUAAUUGUUUUGAAUUUGAUCAUAAUAUGACAUUUGAUUGUUCUGGUCAAAGUGUUUGUGAAAAUGGUGGUCAAUGUUUUCAAGAUAAUUUAGAUUGUCCACAUAAAUUAAUAUGCAUUUAUCCAUCAUGUUUUUAUGGAACACGAUGUCAAUUUCGUACAAGUGGAUUUGAUUUAUCACUUGAUUCAAUUUUAAGUUAUCAUAUUCUACCAAAUAUUGGUAUUAAUCAUCAAUCAAUUAUUGUAAAAAUAAGUUUAUCAUUAACUAUAAUAUUUAUGAUAACAGGAUUCGUUAAUGGUAUACUUUGUACAAUUAUAUUUAAAAAUAAAACUGUAUGUGAAGUUGGUUGUGGUUUAUAUUUAUUAGGUUCAUCAAUAACAACUUUACUUACAACAAUUAUAUUUGGAUUGAAAUUUUUAAUACUUAUUCUUGCACAAAUGACAAUUAUAUCAAAUAGCUUAUUUUUACAAAUUCAAUGUCAUUCACUUGAUUUUCUUUUAAAAGUUUUUCUUAAUAUGGAUCAAUGGUUAAAUGCAUGUGUAACUAUGAAAAGAGCUUUUACUACAAUUAAAGGUACUCGUUUUAAUAAGAAAAAAGUAAACAGACAGCUAAAUUAG